AUGCAGCAAACACCGAGACCCCCACCUGGUUCGAUGUCUCGAUAUGGUCAUCCGAAUCCUGGAACACCUCAGCAAAUGAGGCGUCCAAUGAAUGUUCCAAUGGCCGCUAUGGGAAUGCAGCAGCAACCACAGCAGAUGCAAAUGCAGCCAAAUAGAAUGCCGGUACCACAACAGCAAAACCCGCAACAAGUACCGCCAAAGAAGAAGAAGCGGUAUGCAGAUAAAUUGAUUGCUCCAAAAGUUCGCGAGCUGGUUCCCGAAUCACAGGCGUAUAUGGAUUUAUUAGCAUUUGAGCAGAAAUUAGAUGCAACAAUUACAAGAAAAAGAUUGGAUAUUCAAGAGGCGUUAAAGCGACCACUCAAGGUGAAGAAACGAUUGCGUAUCUACAUUUCGCACACAUUCAUCCCGGGAAAGGAGCCUGAGAAAGAAGGUGACGAAGCUGCGGUGCCAAUGUGGGAACUGCGCGUAGAAGGUCGUCUUUUGGAUGAUUUGCAACCACCACCUGCCGUUGGGCCAAAUGUUCGACCACAACCAAAAAGAAAAUUCAGUUCCUUUUUCAAAAGUUUGGUAAUCGAAUUGGAUAAGGACAUUUAUGGUCCAGAUAAUCAUCUCGUUGAAUGGCACAGAACACCGCAAACGAAUGAAACUGAUGGAUUUCAAGUGAAACGUCCGGGAGAUCGUCCGGUUAAAUGCACUAUUCUUCUCCUCUUGGACUACCAGCCAAUGAAGUUCAAAAUUCAUCCAAGACUUGCAAAAGUGCUCGGAAUCGCUGCCGAAACUCGCCCAAAGAUUAUUGAAGCUCUUUGGCAAUAUGUUAAAACUCAUCGGCUACAGGAUCCGCAAGAUAGAGAUACUAUUAAUAAUGACUUGUUCCUGGAGCAAUGUUUUGGCACCAAACGUAUGCGGUUCAUGGAAAUACCGCAAAGACUUCACCAACUACUCCAACAGCCUGAUCCCCUCGUUCUGACGCACGUUAUUCAAAAAAAUGAGGACGGUCAGGACAAGACUUCUUCCGCUUGCUACGAUAUUGAUGUCGAAGUGGAAGAUCCAAUAAAAUUGCAAAUGCAGACAUUUGCUCAAAAUCAAAACGCAGUUCAGGAUAUUGGAAUCCUCGAUCAAAAAAUUUUUGAUUUAGUCGAACAGAUUAAUGAAAUGAAACUGAGGCGCGAUUUCUAUGCACGAUUUGCUUUUGCGCCGCAAAUGUUCAUACAAAAAUGGCUUAUUAGCCAAAGCACCGAUCUCAAGACGCUGACUGAGUCGAGUGGAGAUGGCGAAGCUGAACGACAUGCUGAUCAUUACAUCAAGCCAGAUGCUGAAGAAGCUGUUCAAAGAUAUAUGUACCAGAAAAUCCAGCAGAAGCGAGCUGAGCUCGAGCAAAGCCUCGGAGUUCGAAAUAAUUAA